GCAAGUGAUUCUUCUCUACCAAUAUAGUAGCAGCCAUGGCCACCAAAUUAGCUCUCUUUGUUUUCCUUGUCAUUGCUGCAGUGACUGCUCCGCUUCCUAGAGCACAAUCCCAGCUUGGUGGCCUCCUUGGUUUGAUUCGCAUCAAUGGGACUGUGUUUUGCUCUAUUAAUGGCAAUAUAGGUGCCAAUGGUGCUGUUUUCCCAAAUGCUCAGGUACAACUGCGAUGUGGAGCUGGAAAUGUUGUUUCUACUACAACAACCAAUGGCUCCGGAGUGUUUUCCAUGCUGUUGGAUCCUCUUCAAUUUAUUCUCUCCUCCCUGAUGACCGAUUGCAAUCUAGUGGUUGCCACACCCCUCUCCACCUGCAACGCCAACCUUCCCAAUCUUGGGGGAGCCUUACAGUCACCCUUGCAGCUCGUAGGUACUAUCGUUAGCGGCCUUUUCCAUGUCACCACCCUUAUUCCAACUGGGUUCCUAUUCACUCCCGCAACCUGAGCAAUACUAUAAGAGUAAUGUUAAAAACCAUAUUUUUAUCUCAUAACUAUUCUGCAAUACUGAUGCAGCAGUUCUAAUUAACCAAUCAUUAUUAAAACAGAAAAGAAAGAAAAA